AUGUCUGAGGCGACGGACAUGAUAGUCACUAAUCAGCUUCAAACUGCAGAAUCAUUGACUCAGCGAGCGUCAUCAAAUCUAGACCCAGCUCUUAGCGGAAGCUGCAAUAUUGGAUGCCCUGGAAAUGGCAACCAGACUGCAUAUUCAACUGUGGCUAUCUCUUGCGACCCAUUGCUAGACCUGCAGGAGACUGAUUGUCAAGUCGACCAGACUACCAUAUCGGUUGUACAGCGUCUUCUGCGUCUAGGUGAGGAUGACCAAAACAAUGAUGAUGAUGAAGACGUGAAUAGAAAUAAGAGAGAUGACAACGACCUCGAACCGACUGAAAUCUCUGCAGGUGCCCCGAGUCAAGGGGCUUGCCAACCAAAUAUCACAACCGAGGAUUGA